CAUCGGCGGAAUCAGUCAAUCAUGCUAAGGUACAUCAGUUGCACAGCUUCUCGACUUGACCGAGCCACGUCCAUUAUUUGCAUUCUACUUUGCUGCUUCACACGAAAGCGCAGCUGGAAGGACCUUGGGCAGGAUUCUGAGAGAUUCAAGACUGUCUCAAAUCACUGCGAGCCCGACGAAACCAAUGAACACCCCUCCCACGAACACCCCUCCGAAGAACAAUCCUCCAGCGAACAGUAUCCUAAUGAACUGAAGGAGAUCAGCCUGAACCUAAAUAUGCUACGAUACCUAGCUGCUGGAAAGGCCAGUGUCGUAUACAGCGUUGAUGAAGCCCGCGUCUACAAAGAGUUUCACUUGCGUGAGUCUGAGCAAAUCGAAUGUCAAGCAUAUGGUCUUCUCGCUCCACAUCCGACCAUUGCAAAGCUCAUUCAGCCAUGGCAAGACGGUAUCAUUCUUGAACGAGGUACUACCCUCAGAGAAUUAUGCCAAUCCGGCAGUAAUAUAUCGCUGAGCACGAAGCUUGAGUGGCUGAUUCGCGCCGCGGCCGGUUAUAGACAUGUUCACGAUUGCGGAAUUGUCCAUUGCGAUGUGGGAUGUAAUAAUUUGAUAUUAACCAGUGAGGGCGUCAAGUUAAUUGAUUUUGAAGGUUGUAGCCUUAAUGGUGACUCAGCCGGUUCUUGCUAUGAAUGGUUUAGUUAUAAACCGGCUCAGCCCCAAACCAGUCGCGCUACAGACAUAUUUGCGUUUGGCUGUAUAAUCUACGAGAUAGUUGUGGGUAAGCCGCCGUAUUCGGAGUACAUGUAUAUGGAAGGAGCUGGUCAAAUUGUCGGACAACUCUACGCACGCGGGAGAUUUCCCGAGACUAACAAUUUACCACUAAGUGUUUUAAUGCAGAAAUGCUGGCGUGGCGAGAUUGAAUCAAUGGACUGUAUUAUCGAAACCUUAGAGAAAGAGAUGCAAGAUAUUUCGCCGCAAAAGAAACGGGUUGGAUAGUUCUAUUGAGGUACCGAUUCCAAUUUCAUGAGCCGUGUACAUCCACCUACUCGACAUUUGUUCCUAGAGAUUUGAAGUAGAAGUUAGCAAAACUUGCCCACUUAACAUGCCAAAUUUCCACAGUACUUCCAGAAUCACGACAGGCGUGACAGGGCCCUCGUCGCUGGGAAUGUAAUAUGUCCUUGGUGGGAUCGUGUUCAGGUUCCGGACAUGGAGCUCCUGGCUUUGGCGAGGUCGCGCAACGAUGCCUCGGACGAGUCUCCUCCUUAUGCUGAGGUAGCCUUUGACAUGCUUCGUAAACAGCUAAUGUUCUACCGUAUGUGCAC